GGGCGCGCGCCAGUGGGGUGCGCGCCUCCUCCUGUGCGCGGCUCCGGGACAGUUUCUUUCACUAUUGGAUAGCAAAAUGGCUCAACAACCUUUGUGGGACCAGAUCGGCAGAGGUUUUGUGCAGCACUAUUAUCAACAGUUUGAUCGAGACCGAACUCAGCUCGGCACUCUAUAUAGCGACUGUUCGUGCUUAACGUGGGAAGGACAACCUUUCCAGGGAAAAGCUGCAAUAAUGGAGAAAAUAUCUGGUCUACCGUUCCAGAAAAUUCAGCACAACAUUACAGCCGAGGAUCAUCAACCAGCGCCGGACAACUGUGUUCUUUGCAUGGUGGUAGGACAGCUGAAGGUGGACGAUGACCCAGUGAUUGGCUUUCAUCAAUUAUUUCUUCUGAAAAAUGAUAACGACAAGUGGAUCUGCACAAAUGAUAUGUUUAGAUUAGCUCUACAUAACUUCUGUUAGGUUGAUUUUAUUUUUUAAAACAUUUUGGUUGACUUUAACUUGGUUUCAACUGACGUUGUAGUGGAACGAUGUAUUGACAAUUGCAUUACUGUAGUAGGGGACCAAUGUCAUUAAGUAAAUCGGUUUAAUACAG